AUGGACCUCAAGGAGGUCACCGGCCAAGGGAGACGGCAGAAAACAGACAGGCAGACAGAUAGCAGCAUCGACGGAUCUGUCAUCCAGACUUUUAACACCCCUUCCUCUCUCCCUCACAACCUCGACCUUACACUCACACAUCACCCGUCACUCAUCGGCACACCCGUCAUCGUAGCAACCUCGGUCGCCUACGGCUCGUAG